AUAAAUGUCAAAAUAUGCAUUGAAACUACUAUAAGCGCUACCAUCCUGCAAUAACAACGGUGAUCAUUUACACAUUCCUUUUCAAGAAUAAAAACUAACUGAGGAAAUUUCUUAUAUCAUUGGCUUAUUAGUGGUUCAGUGACUGGUAGGCCUGAGCUGACCCGACUAUAGCAGAACACAUCCAAUUCUGUAAUAAGAACAAAUCAAAAUGCUAAGAACUCGCAGCCUCAUUAUUGAGAUAUAUUAGGUGUAGUCAAAUAUAUGUCUAGAUAUAUUUAGUUUUAUUUGUUAAAUUAUUAAUCAACUGGUCCAACUAUAACAAUAUUGUACAACAAGCUGGUAGAGUAGAUUAUUUUUCUAUUAAUAAAGCUGAUCUAAGAGAAAAAAAAAGAGAAUUAUAUACUGAAUAACAAGAAAAUACAAUCAUAAAACAACAAAUCAUUUUUCAUUACAAAAGAAGAAGAAGAAAACGAAGCGAAGACCGAAACAUUGUGGGACCAACCACUUUCUCGCAACUACUACUCAUUCACAAUAACAAAAUUAGCGACGACUUUUUAUACAAACUGAAACUGUUUUGUGUCUUCUUCUUAUUACUCAAGACAUAUAUACAAAUCAAACUCAUAAUCACAUGAAUACAUUUUGAACAUAGAAAAAAGAAAAAAAAACAAAAUGGGUUUUCGUGGGAAAUUCUUCUUCCCAAUGCUCAUGACUCUAUCGUUAUUUCUAAUAAUCAGGUACAACUACAUAGUCUCCGGUGAUCCUCCUCUCCAGCAAGAUCUCCCUGGACGUCGGUCAUUUUCUUCCAGAGAUGACGUCAUAUCUUCCGUCAAGACUCCGCCAAAGAAGACUAAGAGACUUUUUCACACGGCGGUGACAGCCACUGACUCUGUGUAUAGCACAUGGCAGUGUCGGAUCAUGUACUAUUGGUACAACAGGUUCAGGGACGAACCUGGUUCGGAGAUGGGCGGGUAUACCCGAAUCUUGCACUCGGGUCGACCCGAUGGUCUCAUGAAUGAGAUCCCUACCUUUGUUGCAAAUCCUCUUCCCUCUGGUGUUGAUCAGGGAUAUGUAGUUCUGAAUAGGCCUUGGGCGUUUGUGCAAUGGCUUCAACAAGCACACAUAGAGGAAGAUUACAUUCUUAUGGCGGAACCUGAUCAUAUCAUAGUUAAACCAAUACCGAACCUAGCCAGAGGCAAUCUCGGGGCUGCAUUUCCCUUUUCCUAUAUUGAACCAAAGAAAUACGAAGCGGUUCUCCGCAAAUUCUUCCCUAAGGACAAUGGCCUGAUAUCAAAAAUCGACCCCAUUGGCAACUCUCCGGUGAUCGUUUCUAAAAAUGCAUUGAUGAAAAUUGCUCCAACAUGGAUGAACGUUUCUUUAGCUAUGAAGAAUGACCCACAAACAGAUAAAGCUUUUGGAUGGGUCCUUGAAAUGUAUGCAUAUGCUGUUUCGUCUGCGUUACAUGGUGUGAGCAACAUUCUACACAAAGACUUCAUGAUUCAGCCUCCUUGGGACACUGAAUCAAAGAAUACGUACAUCAUACAUUACACUUACGGUUGCGAUUUCGACAUGAAGGGAAAGAUGAUGGUUGGGAAGAUUGGAGAAUGGAGAUUCGAUAAACGGUCUUACGGUGAUAAACCGCCCCCAAGAAAACUCACAUUGCCUCCCCAAGGUGUUCCUGAGAGCGUGGUGACAUUGGUAAGUAUGGUGAACGAAGCUACGGCUAAUAUUCCUAACUGGGAAUCCUAAAAUAAUUUUGUUUUUUUCUUCCUGUAAGCAAGAUUACAUUCCUUUAAUAGUUUUCAUUACUCCAAUAUUUCAAAUUUAAAUCCAUUUGUGGAUUGGAAGAAAAGAGAAAACCGUAGCUGUAGAAAACUAAAGACGGCCUUGACAAUAUGCGAGUCAUUGUUGACAAUCAACCAUACAUUACUUAAUAUCGCCUUGUUGAUUAAGCAAAACAAAAAUAUGGUCAAGUAAACAGAUCAAUAUCAGGCAAAACAAAACAUGUGCUCGAAUACUUGUCUGUGUUUCAAACUCAAUCUAUGUUAGACUUGUUAGUGUGCAACUGUGUUUUGGCUAUGCAAGUUUCUUCUUCUCCCUUGAGAUAUUUUGUUUCAUUUUCUAGUUUAAUAAUAGAUCAUGAUUCGAACAGUCCGCUUGAAUAUUUAAGCCCAAAUUAAUGUCAUUAUUAAUAUAGAAAAGAACGCUAACAGACACUAAAAAAAUCAAUAAACACAUGCACAAGCAAUACAAGUUGUGUAACACGACUAAUCAAUCAAUAUACAACUAUAACACUUGCCUCACGUACGCGAACUUUCUUUAUUCUCUUGUCUUUAACACAUAUCCCAAUAAGAUCAAAUUUCAAAGAGCAAGUGUAAUCUUGUGUAAUCUUAGAUACAGAUAACAGAGACUUGGUAAUCUGAGGGCAAACAAUGACAUCAUUCAAAGGUAAAGUAUCUGAUGAAGAGCCAAUUACUACAGAGCAUGCGCGUGAGUGAUAGGUAAGAAAUUCCCAUUUCCCAUCAUCACUGUAUCUGAUUCAAGAUAUGGCUGUGUUUCAGAUUCUUAAGGUAAUAGUGACAUGAGCCAUUUCUCAUUGUAUUUAGGUACCAUUCAAUGCAUGAACCAUUUGUGACGUUUGUGAUAUGCACAGUAGGCUUCAGAAUCUAGUGUGCUUUUAGUAAUACAUAACUAGUGUUUUGCUGAAACAAGAAGAUUUUUACAAGAACAGCCAAAUUGGUGGCUUACAUUUUUUCUUGAAUUGCGCACACUUCGCAAAAAAAAAAAAAA